AGAUGGCUGCCAGUUGGUUGUCUUAUACGCAUGUCCAGUGUCUAUAGGCUAUCUGUUGACUGUUCACGUGUUCAGUUGUCUGUUGUUCUCAUACUUCGAAUCACGUUCAACUUUUCACCGAAUGCAAGUAUCUAAUUCACAUGUUCUAACUAAGUAUAGUUAUUCCUUAUAAAAUAAUUCGUGGUUGUAGUUUGUAAUUGUGAUUGUGAUCAUCUUUGAGCUGUUUCAUAUUGUAAGUUGAACAGUCAAGAAUUCUUAAUUUUCUCAACUCGCGACCAAGAAUUUAAAAUGGAUAUUCGAAAAUACUUUUGCGAGUGGAAAUUCAGAGAUAAUUUCAUCGAACAAAUCAAAACUUUUGCCGUCUGGAGAGAUAAUAACCGCGAUUAUUAUGGAAAUGCAUUUAUUAUUACGAAUAACAACGAAGUGUAUGCAGUUGGAAGUAUUAUUGAGAAAUGCAUGGAAAAUCAUUUAUCAUCGCCAGAAUCCAACGCGAAAACAGACUUUUAUGAACCGGUGAAACUUGCCCCGCUAUGUGGGAAAGAAAUUAAAAAAUUUGUAUACGGGAGCGAACAAGUUUUCAUUUGGACUGAGGAGGGCGAAGUUUUUGGUUAUGGAAGUUCAUCCAUAUAUGCAGAUAAAGAACAAAUAUUUGUUUUUCUGCACAAAGUGCCUGCACUUGUGGGACUCUGUGUGGUGGAUAUAGCCAUUGGACCAUAUACUCGUAAGCAAAAUUUGGCUCUAUGUGAUGAUGGAAAGCUUUAUAAAUUUGAACUUGGCCAACCCUCCAAACAUCUGAUCGACACCAGUGCAGUGAAAGCAAAACCCGUGAAUGUACUUCAUGUGGAGAAAAGUUUUUUUAUUUCAUUGUUGGAGAAUGGAGAAGUGAUGAAAGUAGUCAUCGGUAACGAUAACGAAACGUUUUCGGACGCCAAGAACAAGAAGGAUAGUUGCGAAUAUAUGAUUUUUCGAGAUAGUAUCAAUCAAGUCGAUUAUCCUAAAAUUACAAAAUUGAUUGGCGGAUGUACUGACGCGUUUGCUGUUGAUGAACAGGGUCGCUUAUUUGUUACUGGUCAUGAUCAUCUUGGACAGGUGGGACUCGGUGAUCAUAGAUCACCUGGAUCUGAUGUUCACUAUACAGACUUCAAGCACAAUUCAUCGCUUACUGAAAGGGUUGUUGACGUUGGUGCCAGUUUUUCUUUGCAUCUUUCCGCAGCAUUAACUGAAAGCGGUAAAGUAUAUGUAUGGGGUAGUGGUCGCGGCCCAAAGCGGUAUAAACCUCAACUUACAGCAUUCGAAUCUCUUCAUGAAGUUUUCCUUUAUUAUGCAAUUUUUUUGGAAACUUACAAACCGAUAAAUGUCGACGAAUUAUCAGCUGUCACUUCUAAACCGAUACCUCGUAUGAAUUCGUUUAAAAAAGCUUUUGAUGAUCGGAAAUUCUGCGACUUGUUUGUCGUGGUAGAAGGUAAAACCAUCCCAGUCCAUAAAUCGAUAUUGGCAGUGCGAUGUGAUCAUUUCGCCGAAGUAUUUCAGAAAGAUUGGCCGGCUGAAAACCCGAGUGUUCUACAAAUUGAAGAAGGUGAUUUCAAAGUCUACCAAGCUUUCCUCAAGUACGUUUACACUGAUGAAAUCGAUGAUACGUUAUCCUUCAACGAAAUUAUAGAAUUACUCAACUUGUCGAAUAAAUAUGGCAUGGAAUCAUUAGCUGAGCGUUGUGUAUCAUUGAUUCAAACCGGUAUUACCAUUGGUAAUGUCGUAUCUCUAUACGAACGUGUAAUUGAAAUGAGUAAAGUAACGAAGUUGAACAAUGUUUUCGAUCAGUUUAAAGAAUCCUGUGUGAAAUUCGCCGCUGACAAUUUUUUCGCGAUGGGAAUUUCAAACGAAUUUGCUCAGUUGAAUGAGAAAUUAUUAAGAGAAUUAAUCCGGGAUGUUUGUAAGCAGAAAUUUAAGCAAUAAAAAUGUAGGUACCUAUUCAUUAUAUCGAAGUUUGAAUGUUCUUUCAUAUCUGCUUAUCCUGCACUUUGUGCUUGUGAUUUUUAAAAGACAUUGUAUAAUUAAGUUUUUUUCUACCUAUGUGUUUUCCUUCAGAAUUUUGUUGGUAAGGUUACUUUCAAUGUUUAUUUUAUGUUAUAAUAGAUUAAUUUUGUAAUAAAGUUCUACCUUUUUUCGAAUA